AUGUGCAUACAAAAGGUUAUUGAAGAUAAAUUAAGUUCAGCCUUAAAUCCCACAUUUUUAGAGUUAAUAGAUAAAUCUUGUGGAUGUGGAACAUCCUUUGAUGCUGUUAUAGUUUCUAAUAAUUUUGAUGAUAAAAAGUUAUUAGAUAGACAUAGACUUGUUAACACUAUUUUAAAAGAAGAACUACAAAAAAUUCACGCCUUUUCUAUGAAAUGCCACACCCCAGUUGAAUAUGAUAAAUUAAAGAGCAAAUCAACAUAA